GGCUCCAGAAGUAGACGGCUGCAGCGAUCAGCAGAUUCACCAGUCGAGUUUCUCGCAGACAGCCAUGACAGGCAUGAAGCGCUCCAGUCGCGCGGUGCUCCUCCUUGGGGCCAUGGGUGCUCUGUACAGUCAGGCCUUCCUGUCCGGUAGCGGCCGCCGCACGGUGAUCUCCGGUGGUUUGCUGGGUGCAUUAGGUCUGUCGGAAUCUGCGAAAGCAGCCAAUUUUCUGGGAAUUCCCAGCAUCCCGGGGCCAUUUGAGAUGAAUCCUAAGGAUGCAGUGGUCAUAGGUGAUGCCAACGAUGCAAAGAUCAAGGAGGCCAGAAAAAAGGUCGAGGACCUGCAGAAGCAGGCAGAAGAUGCUUUGGACAAGUUGGAGAAGGACCCCCAGGUGGACCUCAGUUACAUGAUCACUGACUUCGGCAUUGGUGAGCUGCGAUUGGCAACCAACGCGAUCAACGACAUCAUGGAUGACAAGACAGCGGCAGCCACCCAGCGCUGGCAACGUCUGAUGAUUCAGGCCAAGUACCAGUGGGAGUUGGACGUUCCGUUCCCUAUCACCAAGCGUGGAGAACAGAGGCCCCGUGGAGACAAGCGAAAUGAUCGUAUCAAGGUCUCUUUGAAGCGAUACAUCGACGGAUCCAAGGAGCUCCUACAGUUCUUCUAAGCACGGGAUCGGAGUCAGCUCCGAGGACUAUGAAUUCCUGCGGUUAAGCCAACAAUAGCAGCCUUUCUCUAGGUCACUCCUUGCGUGACCCAAUUUUCGCUCCUUUCCGGCCGACGGGGCUCAGUGGAAGGCAUCCAAAAACAA